UUACUUUUUUUCGCUUAGCGUUCAUAAACGUUUUCGUGAGCUGCGUCCCGAUUUGGUGCCACGCCAAAUGACCGAGGGCCAAGCAUCCAGUGUCAAGGUGCCGUGCGAAUGCAUCGAGAAGAUGCCCGAACUGCGCGAAAACCCCUUUCGACGGCGCAUCUGUGAAGCCUUCUCACGUGAUGGUCAGGGCAAUUUAUCCUUUGAAGAUUUCCUCGAUGCAUUGUCUGUGUUUAGCGAGCAGGCGCCGAGAGACAUUAAAGUUUUUUAUGCCUUCAAGAUUUACGAUUUUGAUCAAGAUGGCUUCAUUGGUCACGCCGACCUCAUGUCUUGUCUCACAACCAUGACGAAGAAUGAAUUAAGUCCGGAGGAGCAUCAACAGAUAGCCGAUAAGGUUAUGGAAGAGGCGGAUGUAGAUGGUGAUGGGAAAUUGUCAUUUCUUGAAUUCGAGCAUGUCAUUCUGCGUGCCCCGGACUUCCUUUCCACCUUUCGCAUACGCAUCUAACAUUAUGGAUAUGCAAAUAUGACUAUAAGGCUUUACUAGACACUUGGUUUUACUAUGAAGUACAUACAUAUGUACAUAUGUACAUAUAUACAAUGGUUGAUUGUUGUAUUUGUAAUCAGUAUAUUUGCAUAGUUAUUUAUAUUGUAAUUUUCUGCAUACUGGCUACAACAAAGAAAUAGAGCUUUUAUGUGUCAAAGAUUUAUAUUGAAUCUGAGUACAAUAUGUCACAUUCUGAAUUCAAUGAUUGACUUCAAUGCAAUUGAAUGUAACUGUUAGUAUUGAUUGAGUUUUAUUUGAAAAGUGCCAAUCAGCACAGAUUUCUGCCAACGUUUGAGUUAUUUAGUUCUUUAAGAUAAACAUAUUUGCAAAAUGCAGUCAAUUUAUCUAAGAGUUGAUUAAUUUUUAACAAUACUUACAGUAAUAGAUUGGAACCAUUCUAGUAAGAUUUUGAGGUAAAUAAUACCCUAUUUCCACCAACAGCUUUACUGCAGUUAAGAGCUAAGGUAAGUUCCAAGAAUUUAAAACAUGGGGUGAAUCGGCAAGGUAAUUACCGCUGCAUAUUGUCCUCCAUGGUACGGCCGCAACGAGCGCUCUUAGACUCAGGGAGGCCGAAACGGGGAAGGCAACCAAUUUCGGGCAUGCAGCAAUAGUGAAUGAAAUUAAAGGGGCCGGCUAAAUGGAAUUAAAGCUAACAUAGAAGCUAGCACUGAUUACAUUACGCCUGUUUGGGACUUUUAAUACGAAGAUACCCAUUAGGUUCCCGCCUGAAGAAGAAUGGGAUGCAGGACUACCAGUAGCAAAGGGAGAUUAUAUCCAUCUACACUGACGGUUCAAAGAUGAAAUAAGGAACCGGAGUCGGUGUCUACUCGAAGGACCUGCAGAUCAACCGGUCCUUUCGUCUACCGAACGACUACUGCAGUGUUUUCUAAGGGGAGAUCUACGCUAUAGAGAGGGAGGCUAGUCAUUUACGUAGUAGUAGAGUUCCAGAAGGCAAAGGCACUGCUUUUACCGACAGUCAGGCAGAACUGUUGGCAAUAGGAUCUAAAAUAGUGAUAUCGGGAAUUGUAUGGAAAUGUCGCACCACGCUGGCGUCACUGAGCCGUAUCAACGUCACUCUAUGCUGGGUUCUCGGGCAUAGCAAUAACACAAACGGUAAUAACGCAAAAUUUGCUUUAUUUCACUUUUAAAAUCUGAGUUUUGCCUUAUAACCUUUCUUGGAAACAAAUUUUGCCUUAAGGCGGACCACCCUCAACAAAAUAACAAAAUGGUAUUAUGUAGUACCAGGUUCCAGCAUAAAAACAUCCAUGAAGCUACACGGCUAUCUCCAGAUAAAAAAAUAAGAAAAUCAAGAUACGCACCCGCCUCUGUGCAGC